AUGCUCUUGCUGACCAUGGGCCUGGAAAUUUUGGCUCCUGGAUGCCCCAUGCACCAAAAGACCGUCGAUGCUCUGAACCCUACGCUCCCGAAACCCAAGCCUGCCGCCGCAGCACCCGCCUCCUGUCCCAUCGACCACACCCAGCGCGCUGCCGCACCACCGCCAUCGUCGUGUCCUGUGGAUCACACGCAGCAUGCUGCUGCCGCUGCCGCCGCCGCUGAGACACAGCCCAAGUCUUUCCUCUCCCAGAUCAACCCCCUGAACUACAUGUUCAAGGACAUCUCCCAGGCCCCCGCCAGCAACCAGGCCAUCAGCCUCCCGACCUCUCGCGAACCCUCGACCAUCCCCCGCGGCUCGGGCGACGGCAACUGGGAGUAUCCCUCGCCGCAGCAGAUGUACAACGCCCUCUUGCGCAAGGGCUACACCGACACGGACAUCACAGCUGUCGAGUCCAUGGUGGCCUGCCACAACUUCCUCAACGAGGGCGCCUGGGCCGAGAUUGUCGGCUGGGAAGAUCGCUUCUCACAGGGCCUCUACAAGGGCUUCAGGAUGUGCAGCCGUGGCGAGGAGAACGCCCCCGACAUGAUCGAGGCCGAGCGCACCGGCAAGGAGAUCCCGCCCACCCUGACGCGCUUCCAGGGCAGGCCCAAGGACAUGACACCCAAGGCCACCAUGAUGCAGGUACUCGGCUGGAUCUACCCGUCCAAGUUUGCCACCGAGCCCCCCUUUGACCGACACGACUGGUAUGUCACGCGCAAGAUUGGCAACGAGACGGAGGAGAUUCGCUACAUCAUCGACUACUACUCCGGCGAGCCUGAGCCCUCUGGUGACCCAGUCUUCUACCUCGACGUCCGACCCGCCGUCACCCCGCUAGCCGCCGCCGAGCGCAUGAUCCGCUGGGGCACCGAUGUCUGGUGGCGUGCCACUGGAGCCGAGGUGCGCGAAGCCGCCCGUCUGGAGAAGGAGCGCCAGCAGUGA